UUGACAACUCCAAGCACAAACACCCAUGUUCUUCGUACCAAUAUAUAUAUAUAUAUAUAUAUAUAAAUUGUAAUUCUCAUCCCCUUGUUUCCUCUUUUUGUUCUUCUCUUCCUCUUAAAGCCAAAAAAAAAUUAAAAAAAAGAUUUUUUAAAUUUAUUUAAUUUUUUUAUAAAAUUCUCCUUGUCUCUCUCUUGAAAUUUUCUUUCAAUAAGGUACUGAUAUGAUUCCUUAUGGAUGUACCAAUUAAGAUAUGUACUACUAACUUUUAAGAUACUUUUGUUCUUGUUUUGGGGUAUUUUUUUUUUUCCAAUAUUUUUUACUUAUUUUUAUGUAAAUUUGUUGAAAAAAUUUCAAAAAUUUGAAGAAAGUAUGAAUCUUGGUGUUGGGUCAGUGGUGAAAACCAUGUCUGGUGCUAGUUGUAGUGUUUCUUGGAAAUCCGGUGGUAGUGAUAAAGUUUCCGACCAGUUUCCGGCAGGUUUAAGAGUGCUUGUUGUAGAUGAUGAUCCUACUUGUUUAAUGAUCUUGGAGAAGAUGCUUAGGAAUUGUCACUAUGAAGUCACCAAGUCUAAUCGAGCGGAGCAUGCAUUAUCAAUGCUCCGGGAAAACAGAAAUGGAUUUGACAUUGUUAUAAGUGAUGUGCACAUGCCAGACAUGGAUGGUUUCAAACUUCUUGAGCAUGUUGGUCUGGAAAUGGACCUCCCUGUUAUAAUGAUGUCUGCGGAUGACAGUAAGGAUGUUGUUAUGAAAGGUGUUACUCAUGGAGCAUGUGAUUAUCUGAUCAAACCGGUGCGUAUUGAGGCUUUGAAGAACAUUUGGCAACAUGUGAUUCGUAAAAAGAAGCACGAGUUGAAGGACAAAGAUUUUGAUCAAUCAACAAGCGUGGAAGAUGGAGAUCAACAACAGAAACCUCCAGAAGAUGUUGAUUAUUCAUCUUCAGCUAAUGAAGGGAACUGGAAAAGCUCAAAGAGAAGAAAGGAGGAAGAAGAUGAAACUGAAGAAAGGGAUGAUUUAUCUACAUCAAAGAAGCCACGCGUAGUUUGGUCGGUGGAGCUUCAUCAACAGUUUGUACAAGCUGUCAACCAACUUGGAAUUGACAAGGCUGUUCCCAAGAAAAUUCUUGAGCUGAUGAAUGUUCCUGGGCUAACCAGAGAAAAUGUUGCUAGCCACCUACAGAAAUAUCGGCUGUACCUAAGGAGGUUGAGUGGUGUAUCACAGCAUCAGAAUGGACUGAAUAACUCAUUCAUGGGACACCCGGAAGCAGCAUAUGGGACGAUGACUUCUUUCAAUGGGCUAGAGCUUCAAGCUUUAGCUGCCACGGGUCAACUGCCCGCACAAAGUCUUGCUACCCUCCAGGCGGCUGCACUAGGUAGGUCUGCGACAAAAUCUGCAAUAUCUAUGCCUCUAGUAGAUCAAAGAAACCUUUUCAGCUUUGAAAAUCCCAAGUUGAGAUUUUCCGAGGGACAACAACAAUUAAAUAAUAGCAAGAAGCAAAUUAACUUGCUUCAUGGGAUCCCAACAACCAUGGAACCGAAGCAGCUGGCUGAUUUGCACCAGUCCUCACAGUCCUUUGUGGCUAUGAAUAUGCAAGGGAAUGCUAGAAUGCAACAAAACAACGCUCUACUAAUGCAUAUGUCUCAACAACAACAACAAUCGUCUAGGGCUCAAAUGCUAAAUGAAACCAAUAAUGGUCAAGUUUCACGGCCGCCAUUGUCCAUGUCACAACCUGCUGCAGUCUUAUCACGAAAUAGCAUUGUUGACAACGUACGAGGGCCAAUAUACAAUCCAGUCUCCCAAACAUCUUCAAUGGUAGAUUUUUCGCUGAAUCAAACUACAGAGUUGCAAAACAACAGUUUUCCUCUUGUGAGUAGUAAUUCAGGAAUGUCAACUCUGACAUCUAAAAGAUUGCUUCAGGAAGAAGUUAACUCUGAUAUUAAAGGAUCUAGAGGAUUCCCUCCUGGUUACGAUAUAUUUGAAGAGUUGCAUCAGCAAAAAACGCCGGAUUGGGGUUUACCGAAUAUCGGAUCAAACUUCGGUGCCUCUGAUCAUUCAAGUAUACCAGGAACUCUAGAUGUCUCACCGUCCAUGUUAGUUCAACAAGGUAUUUCUUCAAUGAAGAAGAAUGGACUAAAUGGAAAUUCUCCUAUGGGUGGACCGCAACUUAACCUAUUUUCUGGCGGAAAUUUGCUUCCUGUUAAAGCUGAACAACUUCCUGAUACGAGCUAUCAAAAUACAUUUUUUCCGGAGCAAUUUGGACAGGAUGAUCUCAUGAGUGCCCUUCUGAAGCAGCAAGAAAGUGUCGGACAAGUUGAAACUGAAUUUGGCUUUGAUGGAUAUUCACCAUUGGACAAUCUUCCUGUGUAAGACGCGAAAAGAGCGUAGUUGCUGUAAGCUUACGCUUUGUAACAUAUAAUUCUGAGUCACUAGUGUACAUAGUUGUCUUUACAGCUGAA